GUGGUGGUUUCAGUGACGGACUGAAUACGGGUGCCAGGCAGGCUCUUGCGGAAGUCCAUGCGCCAUUGGGAGGGCCUCAGCGGCUUCUCAGUGCCCUUGUUACCGAGGCCUCUUCCUGGGUCAUUCUUAGAUCAAGAGCCGCACUGGGGCUGACACGGGGGCUCCCGCGAGGCCGUCUCGGCGCUUGGGUGACCUCUACGCCGGAGAGAUGUGGCGAAUGCGUCGGGUCGCCGUGGCCUGUGAAGUCUGCCAAUCCUUGGUGAAACAUAACUCUGGAAUAAAAGGAAGCUUACCACUCCAAAAACUGCAUCUGGUUUCACGAAGUAUUUAUUGUUCACAUUAUCCUAUCUUAAAGUUUCAAAGACCCCAAUUAAGGACAUCAUUUCAACAGUUCUCUUCUCUAACAAACCUUCCUUUACGUAAAUUGAAACUUUCUCCAAUUAAAUAUGGCUACCAGCCCUGCAGGAAUUUUUGGCCAGCACGGUUAGCUGCAAGGCUCUUAAAACUUCGAUAUCUUAUACUGGGAUCUGCUGUUGGAGGUGGCUAUACAGCUAAAAAGACUUUUGAUCAGUGGAAAGAUAUGAUACCAGACCUUAGUGAUUAUAAAUGGAUUGUGCCUGACAUUGUAUGGGAAAUUGAUGAGUAUAUUGAUAUUGAGAAAAUUAGAAAAGCCCUUCCUAAUUCAGAAGACCUUGCAAAGUUAGCACCAGACAUUGACAAGAUUGUUGAAAGCCUCAGCUUAUUGAAGGACUUUUUCACCACAGGUCACAAAUUGGUUAGUGAAGUCAUAGAAGCUUCUGACCUACUUCUCUUGUUAGGUUCACCUGGAGAAACAGCAUUUAGAGCAACAGAUCGUGAAAGUGACAAGCAUUAUAGAAAGGGUCUGCUUGGUGAGCUCAUUCUCUUACAACAGCAAAUUCAAGAGCAUGAAGAAGAAGCACGCAGAGCUGCUGGCCAGUAUAGCACGAGCUAUGCCCAACAGAAGCGCAAGGUGUCAGACAAAGAGAAAAUUGACCAACUUCAAGAAGAACUUCUGCAUACUCAGCUAAAGUAUCAGAGAAUCUUGGAACGUUUAGAAAAGGAGAACAAAGAAUUGAGAAAAUUAGUAUUGCAGAAAGAUGAUAAAGGCAUCCAUCAUAGAAAGCUGAAGAAAUCUUUGAUUGAUAUGUAUUCAGAAGUUCUUGAUGUUCUCUCUGAUUAUGAUGCCAGUUAUAAUACACAAGAUCAUCUACCACGGGUUGUUGUGGUUGGAGAUCAGAGUGCUGGAAAAACAAGUGUGUUGGAAAUGAUUGCUCAAGCACGAAUAUUCCCUCGAGGAUCUGGAGAGAUGAUGACGCGUUCUCCAGUGAAGGUGACUCUAAGUGAAGGUCCUCACCAUGUGGCCUUGUUUAAAGAUAGUUCUCGGGAGUUUGAUCUUACCAAAGAGGAAGAUCUUGCAGCAUUAAGACAUGAAAUAGAACUUCGAAUGAGGAAAAAUGUGAAAGAAGGUUGUACAGUUAGCCCUGAGACUAUAUCCUUAAAUGUGAAAGGCCCUGGAUUACAGAGGAUGGUGCUCGUCGACUUACCAGGUGUGAUAAAUACUGUCACAUCAGGCAUGGCUCCUGACACAAAGGAAACUAUUUUCAGUAUCAGCAAAGCUUACAUGCAGAAUCCUAAUGCCAUCAUACUGUGUAUUCAAGAUGGAUCUGUGGAUGCUGAACGCAGUAUUGUUACAGACUUAGUCAGUCAAAUGGAUCCUCAUGGAAGAAGAACCAUAUUUGUUUUGACCAAAGUAGACCUGGCAGAGAAGAAUGUAGCUAGUCCAAGCAGGAUUCAACAGAUAAUUGAAGGAAAGCUCUUCCCAAUGAAAGCUCUGGGCUAUUUUGCUGUUGUAACAGGAAAAGGAAAUAGCUCUGAAAGCAUUGAAGCUAUAAGAGAAUAUGAAGAAGAAUUUUUUCAGAAUUCAAAACUUCUAAAGACAAGUAUGCUAAAGGCACACCAAGUGACUACAAGAAAUUUAAGCCUUGCUGUAUCAGACUGCUUUUGGAAAAUGGUACGAGAGUCAGUUGAACAACAGGCUGAUAGUUUUAAGGCAACACGUUUUAACCUUGAAACUGAGUGGAAGAAUAACUAUCCUCGGCUGCGAGAACUUGAUCGGAAUGAACUAUUUGAAAAAGCUAAAAAUGAAAUCCUUGAUGAAGUUAUCAGUCUGAGCCAGGUUACACCGAAACAUUGGGAGGAAAUCCUUCAACAGUCUUUGUGGGAAAGAGUAUCAACUCAUGUGAUUGAAAACAUCUAUCUUCCAGCUGCACAAACCAUGAAUUCAGGAACUUUUAAUACCACAGUGGAUAUCAAGCUUAAACAGUGGACUGAUAAACAGCUUCCAAAUAAAGCAGUAGAGGUUGCUUGGGAGACCCUACAGGAAGAAUUUUCCCGCUUCAUGACAGAACCCAAGGGAAAAGAACAUGAUGACAUAUUUGAUAAACUUAAAGAGGCUGUAAAAGAAGAAAGUAUUAAACGCCACAAGUGGAAUGAUUUUGCAGAAGAUAGUUUGAGGGUGAUUCAGCACAAUGCCUUAGAAGACCGGUCCAUUUCUGAUAAGCAGCAGUGGGAUGCAGCUAUUUAUUUUAUGGAAGAGGCUCUUCAGGCUCGUCUCAAGGAUACUGAAAAUGCAAUUGAAAACAUGAUAGGCCCAGACUGGAGAAAAAGGUGGAUAUACUGGAAAAAUCGGACCCAAGAACAGUCUGUUCACAAUGAAACAAAGAAUGAAUUGGAGAAGAUGUUGAAAUGUAAUGAGGAACACCCAGCUUAUCUGGCAAGUGAUGAGAUAACCACCGUCCGAAAGAACCUGGAAUCCCGAGGAGUAGAAGUAGAUCCAAGCUUGAUUAAGGAUACUUGGCAUCAAGUUUAUAGAAGACAUUUCUUAAAAACAGCUCUAAAUCAUUGUAACCUUUGUCGAAGAGGCUUUUAUUAUUACCAAAGGCAUUUUGUAGAUUCUGAGCUGGAAUGCAAUGAUGUGGUCUUGUUUUGGCGAAUACAGCGCAUGCUUGCUAUCACUGCAAAUACUCUACGACAACAACUUACAAAUACUGAAGUUAGGCGAUUAGAGAAAAACGUUAAAGAGGUAUUGGAAGAUUUUGCUGAAGACAAUGAGAAGAAAGUUAAAUUGCUGACUGGCAAACGAGUUCAACUGGCAGAAGACCUCAAGAAAGUUAGAGAAAUUCAAGAAAAACUUGAUGCUUUCAUUGAAGCUCUUCAUCAGGAGAAGUAAACGGUAUUAAAAUUCUACUCACAAUGUAAUCACCUCUACGUACGUCUAGAGAAAGAAAACUUCAAAGUCUUUUGUCCUGCCUCUUUUUCUUCUGCUAUUCCACCUUUCUACCCAUACAAUAAAGUCAUAGGAUACAAAUAAUUUAUGUGCGUUACAGGCACUUUAACCAUCAGCUGCCUUGAAUGAAAGAACAGUGGAAAUGGCAUUGACAUCCUAUUCAGUUGUUCUGGAGUGACAAAUUGGGAUUAUAAGAUUGGUGUUACCAUUAGGUAUACUCCUUGAAGAUAAGAAACUUGCUCUCUGCUGUUGUCUUAUUUGUGGUGGCACUAAAUUUAUUAACAGAUGUUACUCACUGUCAAGUUUCUUUUCCAGGAAUGUAAUGCUAGUUGUUUUGGAAUAAAACAUAGCAAUUUUUAAGAAGUUAUCAAUUGUAUAUAAAAUGAUGGUAGCCUGCUAAGUCAUUGUCUGUAUCUUUAAUGUUCUAUAUCCAGGAACUAUUUGAGCGUGAUAAUUCAAUUUAUAUUCACCACAUGAAAGAAAACUGGGUAACAGAAGAACCCCUUGGAUAGGUUAAUUUGGAUUAUAAUAAUUCAGUGUAUAUUCAUUGAAAGGAACCUCAACCCUUCAUUGCUAGACAAGAAGUUAGCCUUGGAAGUUGUCAGUAGCAGCUUACCUUCAGUUGCUAUUUUUACACUCCCUAUAUCCAUUUGAAAUUAAUUCAUUUUGAAUAUUGUAUACUUAAGUUAGACUUCCUGUUAACAGUGGUUUCUUUUUCCUAUUGACAGAGCCAUUGGAUUAUGACAAAUGAUGAAAAAGAUGAAGGAUAAUCAAUUGACUAAUUUUAUUUAGAAUAUUGUCAAACAUUUGAACUAGGAAUCAGGAAAAGACUUUCUUUCAUAUGAGUUUUUUCUUUUUUUCUCUCAGUACUGGGGAUCAAACCCAUGGCGUUGCAUGUACCAAGCAAAUGCUAUACUCUUAGCUACACUCCCAGGGCCUCCAUAUACUAUUUUAAAAACUUUCAACAAUUAGAAUGAUGUUGACCAUUCCCUCUCUCAGCUGAAAAUUUAGAGAAAAAUUUAAAGUUUAAUUCUUUGCAGUUCAGUUAUAAUAAUACCCUCACAACAUUUUCUUGUGUUUUGUAUAAUCUUUAUUGGUUAAAGGGCUUUAAAGCAAAUAUGCCAUUUUUUUUUUUUAACUUAAAAUGUCUUUCUCAUUUGCUACCUUUUUAAGUCUUUAUUAUGCUAAUAAAAAUGCCCAUUGUAUAACAGUUUUUAUUCUACAGUUUACUUAAUUUUAUGUUUUCUUGGAAUUGUUAUAAUUCCCUUGUUGAUAACAAUUCCUUUGCCCAAUUCCCACUUUUUUUUUUAAUCAGGAAAAAUUGAUAAUCCCUUAAGAUAUGACACCUCAUAUACAGAGUUGGAGAAUGUCACAAAAUAUUUCAGAAACUAGAAAUUCCGUGAAUAUUUGCUUUACACUGUUUGAUAAGAUAAGUAGAUCCAAUUUUUAGCAGCUAGCAGCAGUAUACAUAUUGUUAUUUUGUAGAUGAGUAGUCAAGAACAUUUUGUGGGUUUUGGGGGGUCUAUGGACAGUGGUCAGCAGAAAGGGAGUGAACUUUGUGAUGUUCUAUACAAGGAUUAGGAGAUGGCUUCACUGCUUGAACACUCUAGCUAGCCUCUACCUCUACUACUACCUAUAGCUACAAUAGGUAGGUAACCCCUCACUGAAGCAGACAUCUUACAAUGGUAAUAUUCAUGAAGUUGUAAAAUACUUCUUACAACUACACACCUAUUUCUUUAAAAAGAAAGAAAUAGGACCAUAUUUGUUACUGUGAACUUUAGAGGGGAAAAAAAUGCCCUCGUGUUAGUUAGUAAUUUUUAUCACUUCCAUGUGUAUAAAUUUUAAAAAUGGUGGUGGGGACGAAGAAACGGCUUCUUUGAGGAGAUCAAUAUUAUAACUUAAAUAUGUUAAAUAGAUCAUAAAAACGUAUUAUUAACAAUCCCAUAUGAAUACUGACAUUCUUCCUAUCUGUCCCCUUCAUUAAAAUUGGCUUCUUUCGUGGUUUUUUCUUUUCUUUUUUAUUUUAGCUGAUCUCACACUAAAUAUGCUUCCCCCGCCCUCAAAAAACAGGUAUUUAUUAAAUGCAGAUGCUGUGAAGAGAAAAAAAUAAAAUUCAGUCUCAACAGUAAAUCUUGUGUGUUGUGUCUAUAGUUCAAAAAUUUAAAAUGAUUGAAAUUCAAGGUAAAAAAAAUAAUUUCAGAUAUUCAAUAUGCAGAAGUGAAGACAAAUAGGACAAGAAAUCAUUUGUUUGAUGUCAGAAUUUUCAAAAAAUGGGGAGAAUACAGCUUUGUAUGGAGGCUGAAGAAUUUUUAACAGAUGAUAGCCAAAAUUAGUUGGACAGGAUGUUAAUCAGUGUGUAUAGGUGAAGCAAGUGGUGUAGCUCUUGCUCUUCACUGUCUAAUUGACUGUGGCCAUAGUCACAGGCAGAGCAGUCAGCCUGUCUUGUCAUUUAAUUAAAUUCUCUUUGUGUUAUUCUGCUUUCCAGGCUUUAUUCAGAAGGACUCCUUCACAUAAAUUAUUUAGUGACCAAAUGUGAACCAAUAAUGUAAAAGUGAGUAGGAAACAUUGCGGAGAGUUUUGCUUCCUCAUGUUACAAUUUGGGAAUUUCAUAUACAAGAUUCAGUGUAUGGGUUUUAAAGAUGAAUUCCUUAGCUAGUUAAUAAUUUUGUAUGUAUUUAUUUUAGAUAUAUUUACCUGAAAAAACAAACAUGAUGUUUUCUCUUCAAUAAAUGGGAUCAUAGUAAUGGUCUUUAUCUCAAUUUUCAAGGCUGAUAUGUAUUUUACUUUCAGAUAUAUUAGCAUUAUGGAAAUAUGCUUAAAAAUGUGUUCACCUUUUGAAUGAUCAUGGCUAUGUGUUAUUUAAAUAUUUAAAGCUUGUUUUUCACUUGUACACUGUGAAUGAACUUUGUAUUAUUUUUUAAAAACCUCAUACUACAUGUAGAUGUUAUUGCAACUUAUAUUUUGCUUGUGCUUGAUCUAAGGUCAUUUGUGUAGAUAAGUAAUUAAAAGAUAAUUAAAUCACA